AUGAAUAAUUGGCAACAUUUCUUCAACAAUCCUGUUGAUCUUUCUGAACACUUAAAAAAGCCAUAUUUUCGCUUCGAUAAUAGAGAUAAGGAAAUUACUACAAUUAGCUUCGAUGAAAAGGCAAAUUUAAUAUGGAGUGGAGACAGCUAUGGUUGCAUUUCAUCGUACGAUCCAAACUUUCAGCUUUAUACAAGGUAUAGGGGUCACAUAGGUGGAAGUUCUGUCAGGGAUGUUCUCAGCCAUCGAGAUGGUAUCUUAUCCAUUAGUGAAGAUUCGCUGCAUUUUGCUAAUAGAAGAGGUGUUACUAAAUUGAACUUGACUAGUAUCGAUAUUGCUGCGUUCAGUGAAUUGAACAGCAUGUGCUAUGCCCCUCAUUCAUUGCAGAAUAAUAUUUACUGUGGUGGCGACAAUACAAACUGGGGCAUUGCUUCAGUCGAUCUGAACAAAGGUUGCCUGGACUCACUUUUAAAUUAUUCAUCUAAAGUGAAACUGAUGUGCUCUAAUAAUAAAAUAUUGUCUAUCGGAAGACAAACCGGAUCUGUGGAUUUACUAGAUACAACUUCCAACCGUACGAUCAAAUCCUUUAAUGCGCACUCUGCGUCCAUAUCGGCGAUGGAUUUACGUGAUAAUACCUUGAUCACAGUAGGAAAGUCUAAAAGGUUCUAUAAUUUAUAUGCCGAUCCGUUUGUGAAUGUCUACGAUUUGAGAACAAUGCGUCAACUUCCUCCUGUUUCUUUUUCUAAAGGAACGACUAUGGGUUCUGGAGGAGCAGAUUUUGUUCAAUUACAUCCUCUGCUUCCCACCGUCAUGAUCGUUGCUUCCAGCUCUGGUUCUUUUGAUUUUAUUGAUCUUUCCAACCCGACUUUAAGAACUCAAUAUGUUCAUCCCUGUCAAUCAAUUAAAAAGUUUUCUUUAUCGCCCAAUGGUGAUGUAUUGGGCAUACUAGAAGCUGAUAAUCAUUUAGACACAUGGAGAAGGUCAUCAAACAAUAUGGGAAUGUUUACCAAUACGCCUGAAAUGCUGGCAUACCCUGAUUAUUUUAACGAUAUUACUUCGGACGGCCCCGUAUCUGUCGACGACGAAACAUAUCCUUUGAGCUCCGUGGGCAUGCCUUACUAUCUUGAUAAAAUUUUAUCGGCGUGGCCGCAUGUAGUAUUCAAAAGUGAAGGUACUAUACCACAACUAACGGGCAAGCCCCCUUUAUCAUCAAGCGGCAAAGGACAAAGUAACGUCACUGUGGUCUCAAGUCAAAAUGAGAAAUUAAGCACGCCAGAAUUUCCUCUGCUACGAUAUGAUCGCACUAAAUUUGGCAUGAGAAACGUCGUUACAGAUUAUGUUUGUUUAAGAGAUCUGAGAAAACAGAUCACGACUGGUUUAGAAACCAGCGAUAUACAGAAUUAUACCUCAAUCAAUAAGUACGAAGUACCACCAGCAUACAGCAGGUUGCCACUGACAACAGGAAGGUUUGGUACGGAUAAUUUUGAUUUUACACCCUUUAAUAACACCGAAUAUUCCGGAUUAGACCCAGACGUUGAUAAUCAUUAUACCAAUGCCAUCAUACAAUUAUACCGCUUUAUUCCUGAGAUGUUCAAUUUCGUGGUUGGGUGCUUGAAAGAUGAAAAUUUUGAAUCAACUUUGCUAACUGAUCUCGGCUAUCUUUUUGAUAUGAUGGAGAGGUCACAUGGAAAAAUCUGUAGCUCUUCCAACUUUCAAGCUUCAUUGAAGUCUCUAAUUGACAAACGUUUUUCAGCUAGUAAUGUGCUGCACGAGCAUUUGGAAGAAUACUUAGAAUCUUUGUGCAUAGGGGAAAGCAUUGAAGAUUUCAAUUCUUCAGAGAGUAUUAAACGUAAUAUGCCUCAAAAAUUUAACAAAUUUCUACUCUCACAACUCAUAAAAGAGGAAGGGCAGACCGUUAAUCAUAACAUCACCCUCAAUCAGUGUUUUGGUUUGGAAACAGAAAUAAGAACUCAGUGCAGUUGUGAUCAUUAUGAUACUACUAUUAAACUUCUGCCCUCCUUAUCCAUAUUAGGAAUCAACAGAACCGUGAUUAAGCAAUUAAAUAAAAAGAAUAAUGGACAAAAUAUUCUACCAUACAUUGAAUAUGCCAUGAAAAGUGCCACUCAGAAGGAUAGUACUUGCCCCAUCUGUGACAAAAACGAAACUAUUAUCCAGGAGAAUACAGUCAAGAACCUACCUUCAGUACUAUCGUUGGAAUUAUCGCUGUUAGAUACGGAGCUGUCUAAUAUAAGGUCAUCAAAAAAUUGGCUUACCAAUGAGUUUUAUGGAAGCAUCAUAAAGAACAAGGCGGUUUUACGAACAACAGCGUCUGAGUUGAAAGGCACCGGCCACAUAUUUAAAUACGAGUUGAAUGGUUACGUAGCUAAAAUAACCGAUAACAAUAACGAGACGCGUUUAGUGACAUAUGUGAGAAAAUACAAUUCGAAAGAAAAUAGCUACAAGUGGCUCAUGUUUAAUGAUUAUCUUGUUGUUGAAAUAUCGGAAGAAGAGGCGUUGAAGAUGUCAUAUCCUUGGAAGACACCAGAAAUUAUCAUAUACUGUGAUGCUGAAGAAUUACGGAAACCUUUCUUUUCUGUUGACACGUAUUCUAUCAACUACAACAUAUUAUUCCGUGAUCAUUUUGCUAAUGGAAUAAGAGAUACCGCAAGACGCGAGUAUAAGCUAUUAACACAUGAUGAAGCACCAAAAUCUGGAACCUUAGUCGCCAUCGAUGCUGAGUUUGUCUCAUUACAAAGCGAAUUAUGCGAAAUUGAUCACCAGGGAAGUAGAAGUAUUAUUAGACCUAAGAGAACAGCUCUGGCCAGAAUAUCGAUUAUUAGAGGUGAAGAAGGUGAUCUGUAUGGAGUGCCGUUCGUCGAUGAUUAUGUGGUGAACACGAACCCCAUAGAAGAUUACUUAACAAGAUUCAGUGGGAUACUUCCCGGUGACUUAGAUCCUGAAAAGAGUACUAAAAGACUCGUGAAAAGAAAUGUUGUCUAUCGAAAAGUCUGGUUGCUAAUGCAACUUGGAUGCAUCUUUGUAGGACAUGGUUUGAACAACGAUUUCAAACACAUCAACAUAAACGUCCCAAAAAGCCAAAUCCGCGAUACCGCCAUAUACUUCUUACAGGGAAAGAGAUACCUUUCAUUACGUUAUCUGGCAUAUGUGUUACUAGGAAUGAAUAUCCAAGAAGGGAAUCAUGAUUCCAUCGAGGAUGCGCAUACUGCUUUGAUUCUUUACAGAAAAUAUCUCGAUUUGAAACAGAAAACUAUUUUCGAAAAGGUUCUAAACAGCGUGUAUGAAGAAGGAAGAGCCCAUAAUUUCAAAGUUCCAGAAACUCCAGGAGCAUGA